AUGUCAAAGCCUCCUUCUAAAAGCUCAAAAUCUGAAUCACAAUAAAAAAUUUCAUAACCAUCUAUUGAUUUUUCAAAUCUUACUAAAUUAAGUAGAGAAAAUUCAACAAAUAAUAUUAAUAAGGGUUCAAAUUCCACUCUUUAAAAACCUUAAUAAAAGUCAACUUAGAUUAGUAGAGUAUCUUCAAGUUAGAAUAUUCCUGAUCUAUCUUCUAAGAGAAUUGCAAGUAAAGAACCUUCACCAGCAAAAAUAAUAGAAUAAACUAUUAUUAAAGGCACAAGUAAGAUUACAUAGAAGGUAUCCUUUAAAAAGAUAACUUCAAAAAUAGAUGAUGGGAGGCCAAAAAACCCAAGUGAUUUUAAGGUAAAAUAAACUCUUAUUAGUAAUUAACCAUAACAUUUAAAACACGGAUAAUAAAAAUAAAUAUCUCUUUUAAAGAAGGAGAAUACUUUGUCAGGACAUCGUUCAGGUGCUAUAAACAAAUUAAGUAAAUCAGUAAAUAGCAAUUCUUCAAGUCGUAAACCAUCUCCAUAAAAUAAGGACAUAUUACCCACAAAAUAAAAAUAGUGUUCAUCAUCAUAAGCUUAAAUAGAAUAAUAAUAAGUUAAAGAAUAAUUGUAAUUGAAUGAUGGAUAGUAAUAAGCAAUAAUUAAUGAUCAAUUAAAAACAAAUGUGAUACAAUUAAAAGAAGAACAUUAAGAUAAUUUAGAUAAUUAAGAUAAUUAAGAUAUUUAAGAUAGUUAAGAUAGUUAAGAUAGUUAAGAUAAUUAAGAUAGUUAAGAUAUUUAAGAUAAUUAAGAUAAUUAGAAUGAAUAACCUGAAUUAUAAUAUUAAGAAGGAGUUCUAAAUGAAAAUAUGUCAGAAUAAGAUUAAAAUUAAUUUGAUUAAAUAUAACAUAAUAGUAAUGAUUCAGAUUAAUAACAUGAUACUGAAAAUGAUGAGGAUUAAAAAGAUAUUGUCUAAUAAAAUGAGAUAGAAAAAUAGUAAUUAAUAUAAAUAGAUGAUAAAUAGUUAAGUAAUGAUGAUCCAGAAUUUGAUUAAAAUGAUGAUGGUAAGAUAUCAAUUGAAGGUGAUAUAAAUUAAACAGAUAAUUUAGAUAUAGAUUAAAAUAUGGAUUCUAAUAAUUAAAAAGUUAAAUCUCUUCCUUAAAUUGAUACUAUAUAAGUAGACUAAUCUAAUUAAUAAAAAAAAUUACCAUCUGAAAUUGGAGAUUUAAAAUAAAUUCCAGAUUAAAUUGGUGAUAGAUUAAAUACAAUAUAAGAAGAUAUGUAGAGUAAUGAUGCUUUGAGUCAAAGAUAAUUUAAUGAAAUGGUUGAUGGAGAAACAGUUGAACCUAUUCUAACAAACAGAACAGAAGAUGCUAACCAAAAAAAUAGUGUCAACUUUUUAAAGAAAUAAUCUUAGGAUAUAUCAAGCACAAAAUUUUUAGAAAUUGAUUUUUAAGAAGAUUAAUAAUAAGGAAGCUAAUCAGCUAGAUUAGAAAAUAUAAGAUAAGAAAAUAAAUAAGAAAAUAUAAUUGUGAAAGAGAUUAUCUCAAUAUCAAUAUCUUAACCAGUUGAAAAUACUCAAGAAGAAGAUGAAGAUUAUGGCCUUGGAGAUUUGGAAUCUGAAUUUGUUAAAAAAACAUUAGAUGAUGAUGAUGAAGAACCUAGUCCAGAUAAUAAAAUUCCAAUAGAUUAAGAAGAUGGAUUUCAAGAAAAUGAAUUUAACAAUUAAAAAAAUGAUUAAAUUCUUAUUGAUCAAAAUUUUAAUGAUGUUAAUGAAUCAACUAAUUAGAAGUUAAAUGAUAAUGAAGAUGAAAUUAAAAAUAAAAUUCAUAUUUAAUUUAAUAAAAAUUAUGAAAACAAUCAAUUAGAAUAAACUAAAUUAAAUUAAAAUAAUUAAGAAUAAGAAUAAGAAUAAAUUCAAUUAGAAGAUGUAGAAUAAAAUAUUGGAACUUAAAUUGAAAAUCAAAAUAAUAAUAAUAAUGAUGAUGACUAAUAUCCCAAUAAUACUGCAGAGGUAAUAUAAAAAGAGAAUAUUUAGAAUUAAAAAAAUAUGAUUUUAAGUGAUAGUUAAAAAAUAGAAUAAGAUAAUGUUUAAGAAAUACCAAAUUAAUCAAUUAAAAGUAAUAUUGAAGAUAUCGAUUAUGAUGAUAAUAAUAAUGAAUAAAUUAUUGAGUAGCAGAAUAUUAAAGAUACCAAAUAAAUCCUUAUUAAUCAGGAUAUGGAUUAGUAAAUAGUAGAAUAAUAAUUAAAUUUAUUUUAAGAUAACUCUAACAUUGAAUAGGAUAAUUAGAAUAUAAAUAAUCUAGUUGAAAAAUAAUCUAAUUUAACUGAAGUAGUAAAAUAAGAUAAUAUAGUAAAUGAAAAUACCUUAAUAAAAUUAGAAUAAAAAAAAUUAGUAGAAGAAAUAAAUGAUUAAAAUUUAGAAAUUUAAGUAGAUACUAGAUAAAUAGUUUAAAAUGUUUAAAUAUUAGAUUCAUCUUAGAAUUCAAUAAUAUAAACUGAUCAAAUUGAAACUUAAGAAUAGACAUCACUUUUUAAAGAAAAUAAUAUAGAAAAUAAGGAUUGUGAAGAAAUUAAAAAAUAAGAUAAUUAUAGUCAAGAAGAUAAUUAAUUAUUAUAAAAAGUAGAACAAUCAGAAUAAUAGAUAGAUCAAAUUAUUCAAAAUGAUGAAGUUGAUCAAAACUCUUUUAAAUAAUAGAAAUAUUCAGAAGUUAUUGAAGAAAAGCUUAAUGAUCAAUCUGAAUCAAAUAAUGAUGAUAAUAAUAUUGAAAUAAUUUAAACUCACAGAGAAUUAAAUGAUACAUAAAUAAAAUUAUAGACAGAAGUCUUCAAUUAAGGUAAAGAACAAGAAAGAUUUUCUAAUAGUGAUACUUUAAAUAUUGAAAAACAGGAAGAUCAUUAAGAUACUUAAGAAGAUAAUACAAACUAAGAUUGUAAUGAAAUUAAUUCAAAAAAUAUUUAAGUAAUAAUCAAUCAGAAAAAUAAUAUACAUUAUGAUAGAAUAGAAAAUAAUGAUGAAAAUCAAGAUAAUUCAAGUUAUAAUGAAGAUAAUUAAUUAAAGUAAGACAAAUAGAUAGGGGAAGAACAAAAUAUUUAAAAGGACAACAUUUAAAUUAAUAAUUAAAGAGAUGAAAACCAUGUUGCAGAAAUUUAAGAUAAUUUUGGAUAAGAAUAAUUCUUAAUAGAUCAAGGAAAAAAAGAACUACAGGAAGAAAUACAGAAUAAGGAAGUACAAAUCAAAUACGAUAUAACAGGACAAGAUUAAGAUGAUAUGAAAAUUAAUAUACUUUCUUAAGAAAAUUACAAUAAUAUUUUACCAUAAGAAGAAAAUUCAAAUAUAAGUAAUUAAAAUCUAAAUUAAGAUGAGAAUCUAUUAGAAGAUAUUAUUGUUGAUGAGUAAACUGAUUAAUAUAAUGUAAUCAAAUAAGAAGAUAAAUUGUAAUAAAAGCAAUCUGACUAAUAAGACCCAACAACAAAUGUGAAUUAAAAUGAUGAUGAAAACUAUCAUAAAAAUUUAUUAGAGGAAAUUCAAGAUCAAAUUGAUUAGAUCAAAAAUGAAUAACAAAAUAAUUAAGUAGAUCAAAAUUCAGAAAGUAUGUAAAAUAAUGAUAAAUAAGAAUAAAUAUAAAUAGAUGUUCCUUAAAAUGAAUUUUAACCCAUAUAAGAAUCUACUUUUGAGAAUUAACCUUAAUUACAAGAAUAAGAUAAAAUUGAAUCUAAUCUUCAUGUAGAAACUUAUUAAAAAUAAAAUAUUGAAGAAAAAAACAAUUUUAAUUUACCUAAUCUUGACGUGACUGUUAAUUUAUUUUCUUAAAAUUAACAAGGUACUCGAGAUGAUGAUUUUAAUACAAAAGAUUUAAAUUAAAAAUAAAUUAAUGAAUCACUAUGUUUAAAUGAGGAAAACUAACAAAUUAUUUAAUAAGGAUAAGAUUAAUAAUAACAAUAAAAUUAACAAAUAGAAUUCUAAAGCUAUAAUAAUUUUAUAUCUUAAAAUACUAUUAGUGCAAUUUUUUAAGAACCAAAAUAUAAUGAUUUAGGAAGUGUUCUGUUUGCUAAAUAAUAAAAUAUACAUUUUUUAGAAUAAAAUUAUGAGAUAUCUAAAAUUGAUUUGGACUGUGAAUAAGAUUAAAAAUAUAUCAAAAUUGAAGUUGAAGAAAAUCAAGUCGAAAAAAAUUUAAAUGAAUUUAAUAAAAAUUCAGAAUAUAUAAAGAUAAAUAAAAUUUAACAAAACGAUUAAUAUAAUGAAAAUUUAGAAGAAGUAAAUGAUGAGAAAAGUCUAGGAGAAAAUCUUAAUGAUUAGGAUGAAAAUCAUUAAGAUUAAAAUCAAAAUAACAAGGAGUUAGAUCGAAAUAAGUAAAGUGAAAAUUAUUUCUAGAAAGAUGAAAAUUCUUUAGACUAAAAAGAAAAUCAUCUAGAAUAAAAUGAAAAUUAAAAAGAUUAAAAAGAAAAUCAAUAUGAGUUAGAUGAAAACCAUUUAGUUGAUUAAUAAUAAGAAUAAGAUUAUUUAAAAUAAAGAGAAGAUUUUUAAGAAAAAUAAGUAGAUAAUUAAAAUUAGAAAGUUGAUUACUAAGAUUUGAAAGAUGAGAUCUAAGAAUAAAAUGAUGAUAUUUAGGAAUAAAUAGAUGAUAUAAAAGAAUAACAAAAAGAUGAUUUAUAAGAUUAGAAAGAUGGUAAUAAAGAAUAAAUUGAUGAUCAUUAAGAAUAGAAAAUGGAUAAUUAAGAUUAAAAAGAUGAUAUUUAAGAUGAGAAAGAUGAUAAUUCAGAAUAAUUUGAUAAUAUUUAAGAAUAAAAAGAUGGUAAUUAAGAACAAAAUGAUGAUAUUUGCAAAUUAAAAAAUCAUAUUUAAGAAUAAAAUGAUGAUUAUUAAGAUUAGAAAGUUAAUAAUUAAGAAUAAACAGAUGACAUUUAAGAAUAAAAAGAUGAUAUUUAAGAAUAAAAAGAUGAUAUUUAAGAAGAUAAUUAGGAAUAAAUAAAAUAUAUUCAAGAUUAAAAAGAACAUAAUUAAGUAAAUUUUUAAGAAUACAAAGAUGAUAAUUAAGAAAAUUAUUAAGAAUAAAUUAAUGAUAGUUAAGAAUAAAAAGAAGAUCAUUCAAAAGAAAUUAAAGAAAAAAAGGAAGAUAAUUAAGAUGAUUGUUAAGAAUAUAUAGAUGAUAUUAAAAAAAAAAAAGAUAAUAGUUAAGUUAAUAAUUACGAAUAAAUUGAAGAUAAUAAACAAUAUAUAGGAUAUAAUUAAGAAUAAAUAGAAGAUUAUUAAGAAUAAAAAGAAGACAAAUAGAAAAAUUAUUAAUAAUAAAAAAUAGAUAUUUUAGAAUAAUAAGAUGAUAAUUAAGGAAAGUAUCUAGAAUAUAAAGGAGAUAAUUAAAAAUAAAUAGGAAAUAAUUAAGAAGAUUAUUAAGAAUAAAAAGAAGAUUAAUAAGAAUAAUAAGAAGAUAAAUUGGAACAUUAUUAAUAAUAUAUAGAAGAUAAAUUAGAAUAAUAAGAUGAUAAUAAAGAAAAGUAUGAAGAAUAUAUAGAAGAUAUUUAAGAUUAAAAAGAACACAAUUAAGUAGAAUCUAAUGAAUAAAUAGAAGAUUAAUAAGAUUAAAAUAAUAAUAAUUAAGAAAAUAAUUAUUCAGAUUAAAUAAAAGAUAGUUAAGAUUAAAUAAAAGAUAUUUAAGAAUAAACAGAGGUAAUAAAAGAAAAAAUAGAAGGUACUUAAGAAUAAGUAAAAAUUAUUUAAGAAUAAAAAGAAGGUAAUUAAGAAUAAUAAGAAGAUAAUUAAGAUUAGAAAGAUGAUUAUUACUAUUAAAUAGAAAAUAUAACAGAAAAAAAAGAUGAUAAUUAAGAAAAAGAUUGUGAUUAAUAAAUAUAAGAUAAAGAUUUUUCAUAAUAAAUAUAAGAUAAUUAAGAAUAAAAGGAGUAAAUCUAAAAUUAUGAUGAAACCAAAGAAGAGGAUAAAAAAUGUAGCAAUAAUGAUGAAAAUUUAUAAAAUGAUUAUGAAACUCGUAAUGAUUAGGAUGAAAAUCAUAUUAAAGAUAACGAUUCUUAAAAAUACUCAAUUAAAUCUAAGAAAUCUAGAAUAUCAAAUGCUUUAGAAAAUAUGAAUGAAAGUCAAUAAUUACAUUAAAAUGAAUCUGAAGUGGAUUUUAAUUGUAAUGAUAUCCCAAGCUAACGAACUUAAGAAUUAGGUGAGAUACAAAGAGAAAUAGACAAUGAAUUAGAUCCAUUAACAGAUUCUUAAAAAAAAAAUUUAAAUAAAAAAGACGAAUAGUAGUAAGAAACUAAUAAUAAUCGUCCCAUAAUAUCAUUGAAUUUAUAAAAUUUAUAAGGGAUGAAUAAAAAUUACAAGGAUGAUUAAUUAGACACAGGAAGAACGGAUGAUAGUAUGAUAAACUAACUAUUUGCUUAAGAUAGAGAUAUAAAUAAUCAUUUAGUUAGAUAUAAUUCAGAUUCCAAACCAUAAUUUAGGAUGAAAAAGUAACAUCUUUAAAUGAAUGAUAUUAUAUAAGAAAAAUAAGAAUCAGUAACUCCAGACAACUAUACUAGAUCUAUGAAUCCUACACCCAAACCAGGAGGAAGUUCUAAGCAUCAGAAAAAUGUCUAUUCUUUUGGAAUUUAAGAAGAUUAUAAGUGUAAAUAAAGUAUUUAGAGAGGACUUUCAGAGAAAGAAAUAGAAAAAGAUAAAAAAAAGAAAGAGAAUUAUUAUUAUAACAGAAAGUCACUUGAAAGUCAUAGUAAAGGAAAAGAUAAAGAUAUUAAAAUGUUAUCAGAGAAAGAAAAAGCCGAAAAAGAUGAUGAAGAAAAAAUAAAAUUACUAUAAAUAAAAUUAUAAUCCAUAUAAGAAGAUAAAUAAAAAAAAGAGAAUCAAAUAAGAGAACAAUAAGUGAGAAUUUAAUGUAUUUAAUAAACUCUUAAUGAAAUUCCAGAUAUCUAACAUUUAGAUGGAAAAGAAGAUUUUUAUUUGAAUAAUCUUAUAGAUUUUGUUGAUUAUUACAAACAAAACAGAUAUAAGGAUAUUUCAAAUAUGAAAGAUCCUAAAUUAGCCAGUUUGAUGAGAAACAGAUUUUAGGAAAUUUUAUAGAAAGAAGAAUAGUAAUAAGAAGCUUAUAUUAAACAAGAAUAAUAACUUGAAAAUGAGAUUAAAUUAAAAUAGCAAAUUAGUUAUGUUUUGAAAUUGCUAUUUUAGGAGUAUGAUGUUUUAAAAUAAAAAUCUUUUUAAUUAGACCUAGAUAUAGUAAAUUCACAAUAAAAGGUAUAUCAAAAAAUGAAAAAGCUAAGCAUUAGUACAAAAUUAAUCCAAAAUUUAAGAUAAUUAGAUAGUGAUUAAUAACAUGUAACUAAUGAAUUUAAAAAUUUUAUUACAUGUAAUAGAAUGAAUUUUGAUCAUGAAGAAUUGAUAAAGUUUAUACAGUCUGAAACUACUGUUUAAGAGAAUGUGUAUCAUUCUAUUUAAAAAAUUAGAAAUAUAAUAAAGGAAAGAAUGAAUCAAAUAAAGGAAGGGGAGAAGGCUAUGGAAGAAUAGCUUUUAUGUAAUAUUUAAAAAUAUUGA